GUGGAGAAUGAGAAAGGGAUUAUUGUUAGUGACACAAUGACUCUUGUAAAAAUGGCAAAACCAGCUUGGAGGGCUGUGCAGUUACCUUUCUACCAAUACUUUGGAAAGAGCUUGAAGGUGGUCUUUACAGGAGAAGUAGGACCAGGUACAGACAAUGUAAUUGCUUUGGAUGACUUAACUCUAUCACAAGAAGAUUGCACUUGGGGAGCCUCUGCAAAAUUGUGCUUUGACAAUGACACUUCCUGCUUUUGGACAAACAGUGAUACUGGACUUCAGUGGUUUGCAUCUGAUGGAUUCAGUAAACAUACUUUGAAUGGUCCAUAUAGUGACCAUAAUGUUUAUGACCACUAUGUCAUAUUUGAGACUGGACCCCAUCACUCUCCUGGAUCUGUCGCUCGCCUAACUAGUUCAACUUUUCCUAUGAAUGAAUAUUCACAUUUUGUGUGCUUUUCAUUCACUUUUUCAGCUUGCUCUGAACAUGCUGGGGUGAUAUCAGUGAUAAUAUCAGACAUAGCCCAAGAUACCGAGACUGUAAUAUGGCGGAUACCAAUCACCCGUCAGUAUGCAGACUGUCUCUGGCAACAAGGUCAAGCUUCUAUUAAGGAUCCUCCAGAGAACUUCCUGCUGAUUAUUCAGGCUGAGUCCUGGGAUGGCAGGGAAGGUUACAUUGCAGUCAGACAUCCUGUUCUGGAGGCACAUGUACUACAAUAUUGUGCAACUCUGCCUGAAGAUGCUGUACCAAAGGAAAUGUUUAUCAUGCCAAUUUUAUCCACUGCACCACCACCUUACACUGAUGAUUUGGUUGUUGGGUGUGACUUUGAAGAUGCUAGUCACCCUAUAUGUCAAUUCAAGCAGGAUGUGGGUGAAGGUGUUGGAACCUGGGCACGAGUGGCUGCUUACAAUCCACCAUCAACCAAUCACCCUGUGUUUGAUCACACUUUUCAUAACAGUUCUGGCCACUACAUUGCUGCCUUACGUCAAGCAAGCGAUGGAAUGAAAAGCAGUGAAAUAACUGCUCGAUUAAAAACUCCAGUGCUGGAUCCCGAAUCUGACUACUGUCUUACGUUCUAUUUGCAUCAUGUGGGUGAUAUCCCUCCACCUGUUACUGUUCGUGCAGAGGAACUAGAUGGACCAUUGGUAGUGGAACUUUUGCAUCAAGAUUAUCCUUUGGAAGACUUGUGGAUGCUUGUUCAGGCAGACAUUCAAGCUGAAACAAUAGAGGCUGAAUUUAUAAUCACCAUUGAAGCUGUAAUUAUGGACAGUCAGGAUGGAGAUGCUUCACUUGAUGACAUCAUGGAAAGUAUUAUCAAAUAUGGAAAGACGAAAGUAUAUUUGCUCUAAAUCCCACCUUUUUAUCAUAAACUGCUGUUUUGUAAUGUAUUUUGUAAAAUUAAAAGAAAUAUAUAAGAUAUUUCAUAAAAGGUUGAUGGGUAGGCUCCAGGAUGUACAUGUUUAUAGAGGGGCAACUGAUAUAUCGGAUCAUGAUUUAGUUGUAGCUACAGUUAGAGUAAGAGGUAGAUGGGAAAAGAGGAAGGUGGCAACAACAAGUAAGAGGGAGGUGAAAGUGUAUAAACUAAGGGAGG